GUUAUGUGCCAUGGAUUGUAGUGGUUUCUGAAGGAACACGGAGCUGCAAACUGCAUGCACAGUUUUCCAAGCCCCAGCGCCCGUGCAAUUCUUAUGACAACAACAAUGAUUCAGGUGUAAAUCUUGGCUAAACAACGCUGUGCCAUGUCGCUCGGGCACGACGAUGUGCAACACCAAUCCGACCAGUCUCUUGAGCAUGAGACUGCGAUCGAGGAUGCAUCCGUCAUCCAUCUGCUGCGUGUGCUCAUGGCGGGCGGCUCGGCCGCGCCAGGGGCCGCUCGCGACGGCAGUGGCGACGUUGACAUGGAGACGGGCAGCGGCGACACCACACCAUCCAUGACCGCCGAGGACGCGGGAUGCCUGCUCUGGGACAUGAGCGCCUCCCGGCCUGUGGCUCGCCUCAUGCAGCGCUACCGGGCCGCCGAGGCGCUGGAGGUGGUGGCGGCGCGACAGCUGGCGGCGCUGAGGCAAGGCGAUGCCAGCGGCGGCGGCGGCGGUGGCGGUGUCAAUGGGCUGCCUGACGAGGCUGCAGAGGGCGAGGGACACAUCACGCCGCCGCUUGGAGAGCCCGGACCCCGAGCAGGCGGCGAGGCCGGCGCCGCCGCCGCCGCCGCCGGCGGCCUAGACGCCGCCGCUGCCGCUGGGAUGGUGGCCGAGGGCGGCGCCGCCGGUGCUGGCGGCGGCGCCGGUGGCGGCGGCUCCACCGUCGGCUCCUUGCGGCUGUUGGAGAUCUGUCUGGGCACACUAGCCAACCUGGUCGCCACACAGCCGCUGCAGCUGCAGAGGGCAGGGCCGGCUGGCGGCGGCGGUGAUGGCGGUGAGGUUGCUGACGGAGGUGGAGAACCGGGCAGCGCUGCUGACGGCGGACUGGUGGUGGCGGCGUCAGGGCUGUUGACGCUGCUCUUGGCACCGCCGGCGGACGCCGACACUGACGCCGCCGCCGCCACCACUGCCGCCGCAUCGGCACCACGUGACAUCGCCGCCAGCGGCGGCGGCGGCGGCGGCGGGGUUGCGGCGGCGGCGCCAGCGGCGGCGGCAGAGGCGCAGCCGGUGGUGGUUUGGGAUGCGGAGACGGCGGCGGCGGCUCUGGGCGGCGGCGCCUGGGGCGGGCUGCUGUGGCUGGACGACGCACGUGUGCUCUGCGAGCUGUGCCGUCUGUGCAGUGUGGCGCUGAGGGCUGCGCAGCGCUCCACGUCCCGCCCCUGUCUGGCAGCGCUGCGCUCCUCGGCGGCGCUGCGGCGGCUGCUGUGGGUGGCGGCCGCUACAGCCGACCCCCUGCUGUUCGCCAGGUGCCUGGACUUGGUGGUGGCUGUACUGCACGCCUCCGCCGCCGCCGUGCGCGAGGGUGCGGCUGUAGCAGCCGACGCGGCUGCAGCCGCAGAAGCGGCUGUAGCAGAGGCGCAGGCGCAGGCGGAGGCAUCAGAAGGCGGGGAGCACGAGGUAGCGGGGGGCGCGGGCGGCCUGGCGGCUGCCGCCAUGGCGGCUGCCGCCGCGGCGGCUGUAGCUGCGGAUGCGGCGGCUGCAGCUGCUGCGGCUGUAGCCGGGGAGUUGCUGGGGGGCGGGCUGUUGGAGCUGGUACACGCGGUGCUGCGGCAGGCGCUGCGGCAGUGCCUGCCCCUGGAGGCCAAGUACGGCAACGGUGAUGAGGAGUACGGCAGGCUGGAUCAGGUGGGGUACGGCGGCGCACGCGAGGAGUACGACAUGGAUGACAGCGCCGGCCGCCGCCCCGGCGAUGGCGGCGCCGCCACCGCCGCCGGCAGCGCCGGCAGCGGAGCUGCCGCUGCGGCUACUGCCGCUGCUACAGCCACUGCUGCUGGCGCUGAGGAGGCUGAGGAUGGGGCGCAGGGUGCGUGUGCACGGCCUUCAGGCAGCGUAGGAAUGGCUGCAGCUACGGCUCGCCUGAGGUCGGGGCCGGCUGCGUCGGGGGCGGGGUCGUCUUCGCCGCCGCCGGCUGGCGCCACGCCGCAGUACCGCCGUCCGUACGGCACGCCCCCUCGACCCAUUGAGAGGGCUGCCCCGAACCCUGGAGACACACAGACGGGGGGCAGGGGCGAGGCUGCACGGGAUCGGGAGGCCAGCGGGGGCGCGCGGCUGGGGCUAAGGACAGCGGGUGAAGGAGGGGAGAAGGCGGAGGAGGCGGCGGCGGCGGCUGCGGUGGCCGCUGCGGCGGCGGUAGCGGCGGCAGCGGCGGUGGGCUCGGUGCCGCUGAGCGAUGAGGCGUUGGACGCCGCGCUCCGAGUGGUCGAGGAGCUCGUGUCAGAGGCCGGGCCGCUCGCAAGUCCCGAGCUACUGCCGCCCUCGCUGCUGGCAUUGCUGAUACAGCCAGAGGCGGCAGCCGCCGCUACUGCGGCUGCUGCUGACGGCGCUGCCGCCGCGCCCACUGCCGCCGCCGCCGCCGCCGGGUCCCCUGCUGAGCUGUUGCUGCGUCUGCACCGGCGGCGCGGCCUGGCUCCGGCGCUGCCGGCGCUGCUGGUGGGGCUGCUGCUGCACCACAGCGACUCCAUGCAGGUGCUGGAGGGACUGUUGGUGGUGCUGGUGGACUUGGGGCGAGAGGGCCUGCCGCAGUGGGUGGCGGCACCCGACACCGCGCCCGGCGAGGCUGUAGCAGUCGCGGCGCGCCUGGCGGAGGUGCUGAGGGACAGCUGCUACAGCCGGGGGCACGGCGGCGCGGGAGGAGGCGAGGCGGCGGCAGUAGCAGCAGCAGCAGAGUACGACAGUGCCGUGCAGCUACGGCAGGGGGCGUGGUACCUGCUGGCGGCGACGCUGCGCGGCGUCGCUACUGCCGCCGCCGCCGCGGCGGCGGCGGCGGCUGAGGCGGCGGUGACGGCUACAGCCGCAGGGGCCGGGGAGGCGGCGGCUGUAGCGGAUGGGGCUGCCGGGUGGCUGGCGGUGGUGCCGACGGCGUGCCGGCUGCUGGAGUCGCUACCAGAGCUGCCGCUGGCGGAAGGCUGCCAAGGCUAUGCCCGUGCCAGCUGCGCUGCGGGACUUCAGCUUUUGGAGCUAGCGGCCACUGAGGCAGUAGCAACCGCGGCGGAGGCAGCAGUAGCAGCGGCCCGGCGGCGACACCUGCAGUUGCACGGGGAGGAGCCGGUGGAGGGGGAGCUUGGCGGCGGGGCGCUGACAGGGGAGGAGCGGGAGGGGCUGGGCGGCACGCUCGGUGCAAUGAUGGCGUCGUUUGAGGGAUCGUGAGAUGUGGUCGUGUGUGGACUGUGUGCUGGAGCCACCAGUUGAUGGUGUUGCGAGUUGGUGGAAUGGCGGCCAAUCAGUGCACGGACAGCACGGUGCGCUGUCAAGAGGGGGAUUGAGAGGGGUUGUAGCGGGGGAUUGAACGGGAGGGGGAUCGAGAGGGAGAGUUGCUCGCGCGCAUGGACGCAGGGGUCACGUCUGGAAAAUAAGUUGACACUCGCGAAGCGGCGGGCGUGUCAAAAUUAUGACAGGCGCUUGUGGAGUGUUGUUCUUUAACGUUGCGAGCUGAUGACGGCGUUCAGCUGGAGGGCGAGUGCCCGACUGGCACCACCAACUGAUCGAUCUCAA